AUGGCUGCAUCGACAAGACCUCAAUUUGUAGAUCCUUCAGUUGCACUUCCGACUAUUGAUCCUACUUGUCAGAUCCGUCUUCUUCUCCUGUCCUCGAGCAAUGAACAGUGCUUGGUCUGCCGACUCAAAAUCGUUCCCAUUGAUGAGCCUCCACCAUACGAAGCCUUGUCCUAUGUUUGGGGCAACGCGGACGAACUGCAAGUUGUCACAAUCGAUGGAAAUGCAUUCAGAGUCACACAGAACCUCUACGCGGCCCUGAAGCAUCUUGUCCUCCCAGACGGCGCCGUCCGCGUGCUCUGGAUCGAUGCCAUAUGCGUAAACCAGGGCGCUGAGCAGAGUGAUCUGGCUGAGCGAAGCCACCAGGUCCGACUCAUGAGCCGCAUAUUUUCUGGCGCUACCGGCGUUGUUGCCUACCUCGGGAAGCCGUAUCCCGGACUUUUCGAGGCCAUGGAGUUCCUCACCGUUGCUGCGGGAGGACAGCAGUCACAUCUCGAUCGCCUUACUCAGAGCGGGAACUACAACGUUCCUCAAGUUUGCCGUGCUCUGAUAUCCUUUUUCACCCAACCCUGGUGGGGAAGGAUCUGGACGGUGCAGGAGCCCAUCGUGGCCCGCAAAGUAUCAUUCCAGUUCGAGAGACUCGAGAUCGAUUCAGACAUCGUUCGUCGCGGUAUCUUCAACAUCGUCACUUCAAGGAUACGAGCACCUUUUGAGUUUGCGGAGUUGGAUCCAACUACAGGAGAGAGCCUGUCUACGGCAUUUACAAGAAUGUCAAUGUUAUCAUUGUCUUAUACUGGAACAUCGCUUCUCAAUGCACUCGGGGCCUUCCAAAAUCGUAGCUCGGGAGACCCUAGAGACAAAAUCUACAGCCUGAUGGGUCUCUUCCCUGACUCUGACCAUGUCGUCAGCAUAGACUACACUAUUCCCGCGGAGCGCCUAUUUCAAGACUUCACGCUGGCCUGGAUCCAUAAACACCAAGAUCUAAGAGUACUCAGUCACCUCCACAAUCCAGCACGUCGAGUACACAGGGACAUGCCGUCUUUCGCUGUUGAUUGGGGUUACCGGCCCUCCAUACGCUCUAUCAAUGCAUUGCACAAUCGAAGUCUGAUCCAGAAUGAAGCAUUCGACGCAUGCACAGGUUCCAAAGCCAUUUGGCACCUCGAACCCGCGGGGCUAGUACGAGCAAACGGCUUCACAUUCGAUUCCAUAGAGGCUGUUGGCGCCAGGCACGUCCUCGAGUUUGGCGGUUCAUGGGCUACUAGGUUCAAGACAUUUCAAGGCAUCGUGGACAUGGCAAGUAAAAGAGGCGGAAAUGAUCGUCAAGGACAAGAACAGGCUCUCGCCGCCGUACUGCGCACCCUUUGCAUGGAUUGCAAGCAGGUGGCAGGGGUCUACAGUAGGUUGCGGGGCGAAGACGACGAGCGCAUGUUGAAAGCAUGGUGGGGCAACGCCUUCAAGCCAACUGCUCCGUCCCAAGCAGACAGACUCGCCGGCGAGGGCCACCCGAUAGAGACCACCGUGUGGAUCGCGUCGUUGGAAAGGAGUUUCGUCUUCACAGACGGUGGACACAUGGGCCUUGCUCCGGACUGGUGUAGGGAUGGGGACGCCAUCGCCAUCUUGGGUGGAGGAGCUGUACCGAUGGUCCUGCGGCCGGUGGGUGAAGUGGCCGCUCAAGGAGGCGACACACCGGUGUUUGAGGUCGUGGGCGAAGCAUAUGUACACGGCGUCAUGGACGGACAAGCUUUCAGAGCCAAGGGCGGGAGUGAAAGCGACUUUGGCGACAUUUGUCUGGUUUGA